GUAAGACCAAGCUGCAUGCAAAGUGCUCUGCUCAGCUAAAAAGCAGAAGCACAUUCCCUUUGCUUGAAUCUGUCCUUUCUAUGGGUUACCCAGAACACAUAGCGCGGAAGGCUUUAGCUGCAACAGGAGGAAGGAGCACACAAGAGGCUACUGAUUGGGUAUUUGCUCACCGGAACGACCCCACUUUAGAUGAUCUCAUCCCACAAGAGUAUGUUCUGUACCUGUGUCCAUCAGGUCCACUCUGGGACAAGCUAAUGGCAUUCUGGACCAAAAGUCAACAACAUUGUGGUCGGAAUCAAGCACACGAAGUCUUCCCACAUGUUACUCUCUGCCAUUUCUUCACAUGUGAAGACAGUAAAGUGGAGAGAUUGUAUGAAGCACUGAAGAAAGCAGGAGAGAAGUUUGUGGGUCGUUUCCCAUCCUGUCUCUCUCUGAGCCUUCACACAAGCCCAAGUUAUAUCGGAUACUUCUUUGAUGAAACAAGUGCUGACAUCAUCAAACAGUUUGCACUGGCCUUUGCUGCAGAAGCGACAACCUUGGCAGAUUGUCAUAUUGAACUUUACAGCAAGCAACUCCACCUUACACUGUCUCACAAGUUUCAAGUACAGCAGCAGUGGAAGUUGGAAGAACUUGCUCGAUCUAUCAGAUUGGGUGUGAGUUGUCAAUGGACAGCAGCGAUUUAUUCCAGAGACAUGCGAUUUGUACAUUAUCAGAUUUCACGUGCACUUUAUCCCUAUAUUCCUCAGAAUGAGGAUGAACUGAAACUUAAUUCCAGUGAUUAUAUCUUUCUGGACCCCACCGACCAGCAGGACAUGAGUGAAGGCUGGGUCCAUGGAAUUUCACAUCGGACAGGAUGUACAGGCCUUCUGCCUGAAAACUACACAGAGAGAGCAUACGAGUCAGACACCUGGGUCAGGCACAGGACAUAUGCUUUUUGUCAGACGAUAGUGAGAACCUCCACGAGUGUUAAUGAACAUAAUCUUUCAUCUUCACAAAGUGGAAUUCUUGUGUCUUCACAGCCACAAGCAACAAACAGUAUUCAUAAACUUCUCGAAUCACAGGAACCCCCGACAUCAUCCCAGUCCCUUUCUGUCUUGCAGUUGAUUGAGGCAGCCUCCUCCAGGAGAUUUGUCCUAACCAUGCGGCAUGCUGAGAGAGUCGAUCUGGUAUUUGGCAAGUCCUGGUUAGCACAAUGCAUCACCAGCGAAGGAAGAUAUAUCAGACCAGACUUAAACUUCCCUCCCAGUAUCCCACGGAGGGUUGGUGGGACCAAGGAUUAUGAACAUGAUGCUCCCUUAUCAUCCUGUGGGAUAUUCCAGUCUAGACUAAUGGGUGAAGCAGUUCAAGAGAAGGAACUGAUGAUCCAAUGUGUAUACUCCUCUCCUGCUUUGCGAUGUGUUCAGACUGCUCACUAUGUUCUGAAAGCUCUCCAGCCUGGUCAUAAAGUGAAUAUCCGAGUGGAACCAGGCCUUUUCGAAUGGACGAAAUGGGAAGGUGAACGAGCAAUCCCGAACUUCAUGUCUGUGCCUGAACUCAAAGCAGCAGAGUACUCUGUGGAUAUCAACUACAGUGUCCAUGUUCCAGUCUCCAAUCUGAUUCCUUCAGAAACAUAUGAAGACUACAUUAAUAGGUGUUCUUCAGUGAUGAAAGCGAUUGUGGACAGGGAUGAAGCUGGUAAUAUUCUGCUGGUGGCUCAUGCUUCAACCCUGGAUUGCUGCACACGCCCUUUGCUGGGGCUGCCUCCGAAGGACUCCAAGGAAUUUGUACAAAUGAUUAGAAAGAUUCCUGCUCUUGGAUUGUGCUGCUGUGAAGAAGUCAAAGAAACAAAGAAGUGGCAAAUGAUUGAACCCCCAGUCAGGACGCUGACUCAUGGGCCCAACCCAGCUUUUAGCUGGAAAGAAACCAUAUUUCAAAUUUAA